AUGCAGGAUGGGGCUGCUUCGUCCUCGACCUCGCUCAUGGGGUCGAACGCUGCCGGUCGUGGCGGCCCUAUGACCAAGAGACGCCGUCUCGACAAUGCCACGGAUGACGCCGCAACGUCUGAGCCCUUUGACCAGCAUUGGGACGAGGAUCCUCAGGGCCAGAGCCGCUCCCAGCAGCAGCAGCAGCCUUCGCACUCGUACGUCUCAGGGCAAGACGCGCCCUCUUUUAGUACCACCAGCACUGCAGCCAAUGCCCUGGGUACCACUGAGGGCUCGUCCUGGCCUAAUGCUUCUUCCGAUGUGUCGGCCUACCCCGACCUCGCUCCUUACCAGCAGCAACCGUACUUUUAUGGACAAGCUGGCGCCGGAGCCUACAACUCUUCUUGGAACACUACUGCUGCUCAGUCGUAUGGUGAUACCUCCACCUCGGUGAGCUACUCGGUUGGAGACCAAGCCAACGCAACAACCAUGCCUUUCUUCCCUCCCACCACCACUGCCCAUGUUGGCGAUACAACAGAAGCCAUCGACAGCAAUGGAGGCCUCAGCUACCCAGACCUCACGACUGCCGAUCAAUAUGCCUUGUAUACGGCACCUAGUGCAACAGCUCAACUUGCCCAACGAGAGGCCGCAAAGUCGUCGGCCUACUACUUUGACGAUGCCAGCAUGCAUCUCAAGAUCCAAAGCCUACCCAUUCUUGACAACUUGGCCACACAACUGAUCCACACCAUCUCGAAAGCGAAUUACACUCAGAUCCAGGAUCUCAUGCGAGGAGGAGAGACAGAAGAUGGCCAAGCUUACAAGACCCUCAAGAACCUUUUCGACCAAACGAGAAAGGUCUACAGCAGAGAGACACCGUUCAUCGAUGCCAUCGCCAUCCAGAUGUUCCAACCCAACCAACAGGAAAUCAUCCGCAAAGCCAACAUCGCUACCUUCAUCUCAAGCAUUCUGGGUGCUCACGACGUGAGCUUCUUCCACCUGAACGAGUUCUUCAUGGAGACGUUUGUUCCUCUAGGCCAUCGACUGCUCAAAUGGCAGGGCGCAAUCUACCUCGAAUUGAAGACACAGAUCUACAUCUCGGCACUGAUGAACAGCGAGGGAAGUCCAGAAGCCAUGCUGGAUGAACUGUUCCCUCCCGACCUCGACGCCCAGAUCCUUACUCGACAUCCAGACGCACCAAGCUUGUCACCUAGCGAACAAGACUUUAUCGAUCGAAGCCGCGCACGAAAGAGCUACCUCCUUGCCGAGCCAUCAUCUGACGAAGCGCUCAAGGAGUUGCCAAAGAAGUACCAAUGGAACGACUUCGUAAGAGAGUUUGCUUCAUGCAUCACGAAGAACGUGGACGGUAUUAUGAACGUUCCAGUGCGCUCACAGGCCAACCAGGGUGGAAACAUGUCCAAGAACAACGCACAAGAUGCCAACGGAGCUGCCGGCGCUCCAAACGGGACCCUGGCUGGCGUUCAAUCACUGUCAAUCAACGGCAAAUCAGGUAGCUCUGGUCAAGGAAACGAGACCAGAAAAGCUGCACCGGCUGCUUCUACCAUCCGACAACCCUGGACGAAGCCUGAAGAGGAUGCUCUGCUUGCUGGUCUCGAGCGCGUGAAUGGUCCUCACUGGUCACAGAUCCUUGCACUUUACGGCAGAGGAGGUUCGAUCUCAGAGGUGCUCAAAGAUCGAAACCAAGUGCAGCUCAAAGACAAAGCACGUAACCUCAAGCUGUGGUACCUCAAGACAGGCAAGGAGGUGCCAAACUCACUGCGCGGCGUCACCGGUGAACUACGUAAACGCGGUGGAGCUCGCGCGAGAGCAGCCCUGGGCAUGCUCGACGAAGAUCAGGGCGCAAACGGUGCCCCAGAUGGAGAUGGUGAUGAUGGUGAAGAUGGUGUCGACCCCUCCCUGGAGAAAGAGACGUCCAAACCAAAGGGUCGCAAGAAGACGAGCAAGCGGUGA